UGCAGCUAUGCUGACUAAACGAGGGGACUGUUUUUCAAGUGAGAUGCUUUGCUCCAAAUGUGAUGCUGGUGCACUAAUUAGUUGUCUGGAUUGUAAGUCCUAGCACAGGCGUUUCACCAAAAUUCAUGGAUAUGUGGAGCCUCUUCAGCCACAUGAUGUCGUAAGGAAGAAAAUUUCAGAUGAUGGAUUUAAGAGGAUGGUUGUUUUGGAUCGUUAUGUGGAUGUUCGGAGUCCUUGUAUAUGUCUACAUUGUGAUGGUACCUCUUUUCGUAAAGAAAGCCACUACUCAUGUGCAUACGUUACCACGAAAGGACGUUCAAACAUGUACAUACCAAAGUUCUUCUGCACUUCAUGUGAUGCGGGUGUAGAGAGCAAGAUUUCAGUGUCCGAUGUUGUUGUCAAUGAUCUAUGGCCAGGAUCUCCAAGUAUUUCUUCAGGAAUGUACAUAUUUGAGGCUGAUGUCCUGAGAUGGUACCAUUAUCUGAAGAUGGAGAGCCCUUCCCUCUCUAGACACUCAUUUUUGGCAGCAUUGGAGCAGUUUUCUAGAAUACAAGGAAAUCUGCAAACAAUUUCACCGCAGCCAAGACUGAGCCUACAAUGAGUGGCAGUAUUGCCAAUUUGCAUUGGAAACUAUGUCUGGUGCUGAAUGGAUGGACUGUCCAGCUUGUUCCAAUGGGAUACAUGCAGUACACCUCGAUGGAAAUAAGAAAUUGUAUCAAUUUAAAGGACAGAACCAAACAUCAACAGAAAAUCAUUUUGGUGAUAUAUUUAUUGUGAAAGACAAGGAGGUCGCUGAAUUUGUGAAGGAAGUGAAGAACAUUGGAGAACAGGGUACAAGCACAUGUGGAGAGACGCAUUGGAAGGCUGCCAGAAGCCAGAGCAAGCAGCACAGUGCUUUAGCGGAAACUGGACUGGAAAUUGCCGUUUGCAGACAUGAUCACCUGUUGAAGUCUCUCAACAUGUUUCUCCACAAGCUGCUUGAUGAUAUGCCGAAUGUGGACUUUGUAUGCCAGGAUAUCAUUUGCAAAUAUUGGCCUUACCUGGAAAGGAUCCUCCCAAGUCUUGCAGGUAAUUUGGGGUGGAAGGUGGCAAAAAGGUUCGGGGCACAAGCGGGAGAAGAGGCAGAACAGGCCAACAGCUAUCUUUCACGAGCUUCUUUUACAACUAAAACAAUGGAUAAAUCAGG